AUGCGAGCAAAAUUGUUAUUGACGAACAAGGCUGUGGAAAAUGACGACACGCAGAACUCUCAAAGUGUCGACGACGGGAUUUUAAUAGGGCUGAACGAGGAAAAUGUGGCGGAUUUGGCUAUAAUAACUACAGUACUGAAAUACUUGGAAAAAGGUGAGUUAGUGGCAGGUUGCAUCAAAAAAGUGAUUUUUGAGAGGCAAUCACUUUCCGACCAAAUCGAAUCUUGCCUUGUCAAAUUUUUCGAGAAAAAUUUCGAAGGGUACAAAAACGUGGUUGGAGUUUUGGAAAACAAUAUUGAGAUCCAUCUCAAAAAUCACGAACUUUUGAAAAAAAUCGGUGCUGCACAAAACCUCGAAGGGAUCCCCGAAAGCCUGACGGAGUUUUUGCACAUUUGUUUGUUGGCGGGAGAAAUGAAUUGA